UCCCAGGCAGAAUUCGCCGCUGGCUCCUCCACUGGCACGAUCCACAGCCCCACUGCUAUGUCCUUGCCGGGGAGCAGACGACCCUCCACGGGCUCCCGAAGUCGUGAGUUUUAUGGAAGGAGUGGCUUUGCCUCGCUCUUUAAGUCCGCCACGGCCCCUGCCACUCCGACUGAGAAACAGCCUCUUCUUCCUGCCUCCAGGCGUCCCUCCCCACCUGUGAGCAUGCGGGACACCUACGGCACCUCCUCGCUCAGCAGCAGCAGCAACUCCGGCUCCUGCAAGGGCAGCGACAGCAGCCCCACCCCCAGACGCCCCAUCAAGUACAUGCUGUGCAGCGAUAACCACGGGAUCAAGCCCCCAACCCCUGAGCAGUACCUGACCCCCCUCCAGCAGAAGGAGGUCUGCAUCCGGCACCUGCGGGCCAGGCUGAAGGACACGCAUGAGCGCCUGCAGGACAGGGAUGCGGAGAUUGAAGACCUGAAGACUCAGCUCUCGCGGAUGCAGGAGGACUGGAUCGAGGAGGAGUGCCACCGCGUGGAGGCCCAGCUGGCGCUCAAGGAGGCCCGGAAGGAGAUCAAGCAGCUGAAGCAGGUCAUCGACACCGUCAAGAGCAACCUGAUCGAGAAGGACAAGGGGCUGCAGAAGUACUUCGUGGACAUCAACAUCCAGAACAAGAAGCUGGAGACGCUGCUGCACAGCAUGGAGGUGGCCCAGAACGGGGCCGUCAAGGAGGAGGGGGCGGCCGAGUCCGCGGGUGGCUCUCCGGCGCGCUCCCUCACCCGCAGCUCCACCUACACGAAGCUGAGCGACCAGGGCGCAGCGGACAGGAACAUGGGGGGCUCCCAGACCAUCUCGGUGGAGGAGGGGGCGGACAGUGGCUUUGCGGCGGCCGAGGACUCGCUGAGCCGGACCGAGCUGCUGGACCAGAGCAGCCUGGUCUCCUCGGGCGUGGACUGUGGCAUGGACGAAGGCUCCCUGCAGACCUCCUUCACGCUGGGCUCCCGGGUCCCGACCAGCUCCACCUACGAGAAGCUGAUGGGGUCUCAGCAGAGUGUCGAGGCCGCGGUGCAGGCGAGCUGCCUGCAGGAGCAAGCCAUACAGACGGACUAUGUGCCCUACGAGCCGGACCUGGACACCAUCCUGGAGAAGGUCAUGAAAUCCCAGGCCGGCAGCCUCGGCAGCCCCACGUCAGUGUGGGUGUCCGAAAUGGAGGAUGCCGCCGAGGCCAGCAGCUCGGAGCCCCGUGGCCAAACCCUCGCGGGGGCCGUGGAUUUGGCCGCCCCCGAGCCCAGCUCUGCCGCGGCAGCCGGUGCAGGGGAGCAGGCGGAGAACCCAGCAGGACCCCCGGGGUCCCCGAGCCCGGAGGCCAACAAUCCCUCGGGGCAGCAGCCCCCCCGUGCGAGCGAGUCCGUGAGCAUCGUGUGUGCUCCGGAGGAUGACGAGUGGGCCGAGCCCGGCCAGGACACCGCCGGGGCGGCGGCGGCGUCCGCCCUGGAGCCCAAGACGUACUGGAGCCGCCACUUCAUCGUGGAUCUGCUGGCUGUGGUGGUGCCCGCCGUGCCCACGGUGGCCUGGCUGUGCCGCUCCCAGCGCAGGCAGGACCAGCCCAUCUACAACAUCAGCUCGCUGCUGCGGGGCUGCUGCACCAUCGCGCUGCGCUCCAUCCGCAAGAUCAGCUGCCGCUCCGUCGCCAGCGCGAGCGGCACCUCCGCCCAGCCGUAG